CCUGCGCGUGCCUCCCCGCCAGAGCCCCGCCCCCUCUACUUCCGGCUUCUCAAUUCCGACUUCCUUUUCCUUCUGGCCUCCAUCUUGGCGCCUCGCGUGGAAGGAAGGUCUCUCUCGCCAUGCAGCUCUUUGUUCGUGCUCAGAGUCUCCAUGCCCUCGAGGUCUCCGGGCAGGAAACUGUCGCCCAGAUUAAGGCCCAGAUCCAGGCCUUGUCGGGCCUUGCAGCGGAGGAGCAGGUCCUUCUUGUGGGUGGGGCCCCCUUAGAGGACGAUGCCGUAAUUGGACAAUGCGGGGUCACCGCCCACAGCACCCUGGAGGUGGCCGCGCGCAUGCUGGGCGGGAAGGUCCAUGGCUCUUUGGCCCGUGCGGGGAAAGUGAGGGGCCAGACCCCAAAGGUGGCGAAGCAGGAGAAGAAGAAGAAGAAGACGGGGCGGGCCAAGCGGCGCAUGCAGUACAACCGGCGCUUCGUCAACGUGGUGCCCGGGUUCGGGAAGAAGAAGGGGCCCAACGCCAACUCCUAAGCCCCGCCCAACACUCUCUCUGACCAAUCAAUAAACACAUCAUCAUAAUUGUCAGAA